GGUUCAGAUGCGCCGCUUGCCAAUUGGGAGGCCCCUGCUGCAUAAUCCUUUCUCUUCUUCACUCGAGCACCUCUUGCACUUAUAGGUUUUAUUGCCCUCCCAAUAUCCACCCCCUACCAAACCGGACAGCAAUAACAUUCAACCCCGACACAGAUCUAGAUCUCCAGCACCGAGCUCCAAACUUCAUCCAGAUUCCCCACCUUUCCACAUCGAACAAUGACCAUAUAAAACCGACAUCUGCCCUUUCACACAACCCCCAACCGCUAACCACCCCAACAACCAACAAUGCCUUUCCCUCUUCCCCGCCCCCUCCAUCUCUCCUCCCUCCCUUACCUCCUCCUCAUCCUCCUCCUAACAACCUUCACCACCGCCAACGUCGAAAAAACCAUCUUCCUCGCCCCUCCCCCAAUAACAAUCCCCACCCCUCACCCCCCAAUCGACGACCUCGGCCUCGCACGUCUCUCCCCUUCGCACCCCAUCCUCCGCACCUACCUCAACGCCUCCUUCCCAACUUCCUCCUCCCCGGGUACUGAAUCCUGGUUCUUUCUCCAAAACCUUCACCCCGGCCGACGCUACGAAGUGCGUCUCUGCUGGCUAGCAACUCAACCAACAUCCUUCACCCUCGCAACUCACACGCUCACACACACCCUCUCCGACCCCGCCCUCCUCUCCUCAUUAACGAAUUACUCCUCCUCGCGCCUUACCACCACCACCACAAACCCUGAUCUCGAUAUUGAUAUCAACACCGCCGAGAAACCUCUCGACAACGGACCCAUCUCCGAUUCAGUUCUGUUCCUGAGGAUCCGGGCCGCGGCGGAUUACUUCUCCACGGAUGCAGAACUGAUGCGGACGGUGCCGCCCGUGGCGGUGGAUGUAAUUCUCGAUCCGUUUCUGGGGAAUGUGUUUCCGAGGUCGUUGGUGCCGACAGCGUGUUAUGGGGUGAUUGUGGCCGGAGUGGCGGUUUUGGUAGGAAAGUGGGUGGUUGGGGAGUUGGGGAGGGUGGUGGAUGAUAUGGCUGUUGAGGGGGAGAAGGAA